CAUGUUUUUUCUGUUGUUCGAUUAUUUUUGUAAUUAUUAUAUAUAAAGUAAACGAAAAAAAUGUUAUUCCGCCAAUGUUAUCGAUUUGUUGUGAAUAAUCGUAAUAAUAAUAAUAACAAUAAAAUAUUGAAAUUAUCUAGUCGAUUUGUAAAUGUUAUUGCACCUGAUCUUGACAAUGAACGUCUAUUACGAAGAACUGAAACAAGAGAAAAUUUUGAUCAAUUAUAUCCACUUUUAAAACUUCCAUUUAAACUUUGUCAUCAACCCGAAUAUAGUCGUGAAUUUAUUCACGAACGUUUAAUACAAUAUCCACAAGGAUUUGAUCCAAUCGAUUUGGAUCAAUAUGCUGAAUUGUGGCUACGUGAACAAGAUGUUGAUCAAAGAGAAACACUGCGGAAAAAUAUCGAAAUGAUAUUGUUGUAUUAUAAUGAUGUUUUACGAUAUUCAUUGUUUGCACCUUCAUCGAUUCCAUUCGAAGAUAUGGAAAGAAUGUUAUCACGUUAUGAUGGCCAUAGUUCAAGAUUACGUUAUGUAAAUUUUAUUUUUAUUCGUGAAUUUGAUACAUGGCGUCGUGAUAAAGAAGCGGAGAAAAAAUCCCAAUUAAAACAAUUGGCCGAACAGGAAGAUUAUUUCGAAGAUGUUGGCUGUUUUGAUAUGAAAACAAAUCAAUUACAAUAUGGUUAUUGGCGUAACAGUUUGUUUACCAGAUAUUUUCAAUACGCUCGUCAUCGUCAAACGCUUGGCCCAUUGCGAAGAGCACAACUAUAUGGACAACCAUUAAUAAUCGAUUGUGGACUUGAACAAUUAAUGGCCCAUUAUGAAAUAUUAUCAUGUGUACGACAAAUAUCAAAAAUUUAUCACCUAAAUCGUUAUAGUAAGGAUCCAUUUCGAUUAAUGUUCACAGAAAUGGAUCCAAAUCAAAAUCGUACAUAUGAAUCAUUAUGUAAAAAUAUGAAAGAUUUUAUUGAUAGACCAGAAUUUCAUUUGAAUAUAUAUCGUGAAUCAUAUCAACAAUUAUUGCCAAACGAACGAUUCAUUUAUCUAAGUCCAGAUGCACACAAAUUGAUGGAUGAAUAUGAUCCACAUGCUGUAUAUAUAAUCGGUGCAUUAGUAUCAAAAACAAAGAAAUCAACAUUAACCUGGGACAAAGCACGUGAACAAGAAAUAGAAUGUUUACGGCUUCCUAUACAUCAAUAUGUUCGAUUGAAACCAAUGGUCAAACGUAUUCUCAGUUUUCGUGGUACAUUCGAAAUUCUAUUACAUCUUAAACAUGGUGCUACAUGGGAACAAGCACUUCGUCGAUCAAUUCAACCACAUAAAUUAAUUGAUGGUGGUGAAUGAUUAGAAAACAAAAAUUCAUGUUAAAUAAGUAUUGCAAUAAACAAUCAAUACACAAGUGGAAUUAUUGUUUCUAAUAAUUUCAUUGA